AUGACAGACCUUGAUGCCUAUAAGGUUUCUGUUGGUUACUUCAUUUCUGAUCUAGGGACGAUAUUAUGGUUUUUUCCUUCUCUUGGUGGAUAUGAGUAUGUGAUUCAUCAUCUGUUGUCUUUAGUAGCAGUAGCAUACUCAAUGUGUAGUGGGGAAGGACAGCUUUACACGUUCAUGGUCCUGAUCUCUGAGACAACUACUCCAGGGAUCAAUUUGAGAUGGUAUCUUGAUGUAGCUGGAAUGAAAAAGUCCAAAGCUUAUCUCAUCAAUGGGAUUGUAAUAUUCAUUUCUUGGCUGGUUGCCAGAAUACUUCUCUUCUUUUACAUGUUUUACCACGUUUACUUGCACUUUGAUCAGGCUGAGAUUCCUAGCCACGCGCCAUCAUGCACUCAACCUUUUUGCACAUUCGCCUCGUGCGUGGGGUCCAUGCACUAUUCUUCUCUCAUCAGAUCCCCUUAG